AUGUUAUUGCUUCUAUUCUUCUAUACUUUACUUGGCCAAGCCUCUUUAAGCUCUGUUGCAGAAACUGCCUUCUUUUUCUACACCUCAUUCUACCCUGACACUUGCAGCAAAGGAAGCUUGCUUUGCCUGAAUUCGACUUCCGUAGCCAACGGCUACCUAAACCUCACCCUAGAUCUUAAACUAGGAAAUUCGAGCUCACCCACAACUCUGCCAAUAAACAAAGUUAGCCGAGUUCUAUACCCUCAUCCUGUGAUAGCUUGGCACACACUUAUCUCGACUACCUUUACUGUCAGGAUUUUGAUCUUUCCAAAUUCUAGUAGUCCCGGAGAUGGAAUGGUGUUUAUAAUUGCCCCUGAUAAUAGCUCUUUGCCUCCAGAAAACUAUGUAUUAGAAAACAGAGAAUGA